AUGACACGGCGGGUUGGACGAUCCGACCUUCAUCACCGCACGCACACCGCCCUGCUGCACCGCACGCCAGCCAAUAACGACAUCCAAACAAACGCGCAGAGGAAGGCCUUCCGAAGUUACGCACUAAGCCCCUCGCAUUGGCUUUGCCAGCGAUCCAGAAUCUGUAGAACAGCUGGCAUUAGCCCACAAAGCCCGUCUAAGCGGGUUCUGAGGUCCGGCAAGGAGUACCCUACGCCUUCGGCCGCUGCCCUUGAGGGGGCGGCAGCAGGCGACUCCAUGACGCGAUCCACUCAGAAAGAACCAUCUUUAGAUGAGAUUUACAAGCUGCUUCAGACCCAUGCUACACAGACCAAGGCGUCCUUCGACUCCUUGCAUAGCAAGACAGAUGCGCUGGCUGCUCGUGUUGACUCGCUGGAAAAGAAUAUUCCGGAAAUAAUUACCAAAAAGGUGGAGACCGAAAUGAAGCAGUUCGAAGUUCGGGCCGCGCAGUUCAUCAUCGAAACUGUGCAGUCUCAGCUCGCGGGGGCCCCUACGUUUGCGACCGACCGCACCGGGUCUAAACAGCGUAGGAACUUGACCGGCAAAUCUGCCUACUACGAUUCCGGCUCCCUGAUCGCGUUUGGCGUCCCGGCUCUCGCGACCGCUAAGCAAGCAGCGGAAGCCAUCACCCAAGUCGUCUCCGAUGCCAGUGGAGGAAGCCUCCAGGCCUCCUUCCUCAGCGUCGAAGUACGCACUGAGAAGCCACGACCCAACCAGGCGGCCCCAACAUACAACAUCACCAUCGGCGUCACCCCCCGUGUCCGUGGUAUGCUUUUCCGACACAGCCAGGCCCUUAAGGCCAUCGGCAUCACCUUCCGGGAUGACCUCACCCCGGCAGGUCGUCAGCUCAAGCAGGCUCGGAACGCGCAGUUCCUGCGGCUGCGUGACGAGGGCCGCAAACCCAAGUGGCUGGGCCCGUACAUUGAGUACCAGCGCACCGACGGCAUGUACUACAUGGUCUCCAAGUACGACGUGUCCGACGUUCCGCCCCCCCCGCCCCAGCCCCCGGCCGGGAACGGGGCUGCGGCGGGCACAAGCGAUGGACGCGUGACCACAGAGGGUGCUGGCGAGGGGAGCGCCGCCUAG